GCGGGGCCUCAGGGAGGGGAAAGGAGUGGCUCCAGGCGCCUUCGGCUGGGACGGCUGGCGGGAGGCUUCUGUAGGAAGCCUGCCCCGGCGCCGCGCUCCCUCGGAGUGCUGUCUGCGCCUGCAGCCCAGAACUCCCAGCGGCUGCCGCAUAGGGCCCGGCACAGAGCUGGCCUCUAAGAAGAUGGUGGCGGGAAUGAACGAAUGAGUGAUGACUGAGUGAUGGAUAGAUGACCAAGAGCCAGGACCCGUGUUCGGAAACGAAGUCUCGGGGCUCAGAGUUCUCGGUGUGGAUACCACCUGCUCCCCCGCCAUUAGUCCUGCUGCUCAGAAACUUUUUUAGGGACCGUCGUACUAGGACCCGGCAGUAGUGUAGAGCGCACUAGGUGGCGAGUCUGGAGUCUCUUGAGUUAUAGAAUUCCUGAGGACACAGAGGCUGUUGCUUCAUUUCUAAAGCUGGACUGUCUAGUCCUGCCUUUCUUUACAAAGUUCAGUUGACAGCAUGUCUGGGAUAGCACGUACGGAAACGUGAUUGUUUUGCAACGGAAUUUUACUAUGCGAAACUUGCCAAAGAGUACUCAGAGCUCGGGGGCGGGGCUACAGAAUGAAUGACGUUGGAGUCUGCCAAAAGGGAAGAUGCGUCCAGUGUAGCAAUGGAAGAAGAUAGAUAUGGCUCCCAGUUUUCCAACUCUGAAGUGUUUUCCAGUCAAAACAAAGAGAAGGUUUGUGGAUGUUGAAUAUGCAAGGAGCUGAAGAGAGAGCGGUUGGAAGAGAGGUUUGUCCAGGUUUGAUGGAAAAAUCUGUUCAAGAGGAGGAUGUCUCUGAAAUUGAUUCAUCAGGGAGAGUAGCAAAGAGAUUACCAGAGGAUGCAAACCAGGAUUCUGUAUUUGAAAAAAAAUACACAUGCGAAAGCAUGAAGGAAAGCACUUCUGGAGAGGUUCCCAGACCAUGCCUUUUCCAGGAAGGAGGUUUUGGGGAAAUAACUUUCAUCCACAAGGAAGCAUCUCCUGAAACAAUUAGCCAAGAAUAUGAUUUUGAGAGAAGCUUGCUCUUGACCUCCAGCUUUGUUACACAUCUCAGGGUUUCUACAGAAGAGAGCCUACAUCAGUGGGAGACAAGUAGUAUACACACUGAUGAGAUUUCAGACCAAAGUAAAUGCCCAGCUCUCUCUACUCAGAAAAAGUCUUGGGAAUGUAAUGAAUGUGGAAAAACUUUUACUCAGAGCUCAUCCCUUACCCAGCAUCAGAGGACUCAUACUGGAGAGAGACCCUAUGCAUGUGAGGAAUGUGGGAAAGCCUUUAGUCGCAGUUCCUUCCUCGUUCAGCAUCAAAGAAUUCACACCGGAAUAAAACCAUAUGGGUGUGAGCAGUGUGGGAAAACAUUUCGAUGUCGAUCAUUUCUUACUCAGCAUCAGAGAAUCCAUACUGGAGAGAAACCUUAUAAAUGUAACGAAUGUGGGAAUUCCUUCCGCAAUCAUUCACAUCUCACUGAACAUCAGAGAAUUCACACUGGAGAGAAACCGUACAAAUGUAAUAGAUGUGGGAAGGCAUUCAAUCAGAACACACACCUCAUUCAUCAUCAGAGGAUUCACACUGGUGAGAAACCUUAUUUAUGCAAUGAAUGUGGCUCUUCUUUUCGCAAACAUUCAAAUCUCACACAACAUCAGAGAAUUCACACUGGGGAAAAACCCCAUAAAUGUGAUGAAUGUGGGAAAACUUUCCAAACAAAGGCAAACCUCUCUCAGCAUCAGAGAAUUCAUACUGGAGAGAAACCUUAUAAAUGUAAGGAGUGUGGCAAAGCCUUUUGUCAGAGCCCAUCCCUUAUCAAACACCAGAGGAUUCAUACUGGAGAAAAACCCUAUAAAUGUAAGGAAUGUGGCAAAGCUUUUACUCAGAGUACCCCACUCACUAAGCAUCAGAGAAUUCAUACAGGGGAGAGACCCUACAAAUGCAGUGAAUGUGGUAAGGCCUUCAUUCAGAGCAUUUGCCUUAUUCGGCAUCAGAGAAGUCACACUGGAGAAAAACCCUAUAAAUGCAAUGAAUGUGGGAAGGGCUUUAAUCAGAAUACCUGCCUCACUCAGCAUAUGAGAAUUCAUACUGGAGAGAAACCCUAUAAAUGUAAAGAAUGUGGGAAGGCCUUUGCCCAUAGUUCAUCUCUUACUGAACAUCACAGAACUCACACUGGUGAGAAGCUCUAUAAAUGUAGUGAAUGUGAGAAAACUUUCCGCAAGUAUGCACACCUUAGUGAACAUUACAGGAUUCAUACUGGUGAGAAGCCUUACGAAUGCAUUGAAUGUGGAAAAUUCUUCAGACAUAGUUCAGUCCUUUUCAGACACCAGAAACUUCACAAUGGUGAAUAACCCUGGCAUUCAGGUUGUGAUAGCUUCUCUAGAAAGAAUCGCUGGGAAUCUGGCUGGGGGCAGUGGGGCAGGCAGAGUUCCUGGAGGGAAGGAUGAAGGAACACCGACUGUUACACUCGGAAGAGUAUUUCCACUUAUGGAGGCAGAGCCUACUCCAGCUGGGCAUCUGGGAAUAUAGGGUAGAAAGGAAGUUCUUGCUUUUUGGAUAAAUCCUGGCUACCUACCACUCCUCCUUCCCCUUGUGACUCUCAUUACUUUAGGGGCCAUUUGUUAAGUUAGCACCUGUGUUUCCCUUACUGCAUUCCUGCCUCACCUUCCCAACUUGUGACCUGUGUUCUCUGACCAGUAGGCUGAGGUGCUUUUCCAAAUAUUUAGUGUGCAUGUGGAAGCAAUUCAGAGGUAGUGCUAAGUAGCCUUCUGAUAUCUGAGAACAUGCCAUCUCUUAGAAGCAGUCUCAUGAAGGGGCAUUGGAAAUAAGGGAAAACGAAGAAUCCUUACUCAUUCAUUCAACAAAUAAGGAGAUAUGUGGCAAGAACUGGGCUGAUGUCUACAGAUAGUUCAUGAAGAAGGCUUUUAUCAGGGUAAGAGAGAUCUUUCCUGAUCCUUUCACGCUGGAAGGCAAUUUGGGGCCAAAAAGGAAGUAGGAGGUCAAGAGAAACUUAACCUUAAAUGAUGCCAGUUUGUGGGAAGAGAGUCAGAUCUGCUCAGAGGGCCAGGAAGAGGAAGGGCCAACCUUUGUCCCAGAUGAACACUUACCCAUGAAGAAAAUGGUUUGCGCUAGACUGCUGGUGCCGAGGCUCAGAGCAGGAAGUCUGUGUUUGAGGAGGUUACCUACAUAUCCCAGCCCUGGACUAAGGUGUACACCUGUCUCAUAAGUUUGCCUGGGCCACUGGUUUGUAGGGUCCAGGGGAGAGAGACCCACCAGGGUUAACUAUGUCCAAACAACUGUUAAUUGAUGUUUAGGGAGGAGAAACCAUUAGUGAAGAGAGCAAUCCGCUUUUUAGGUUGGAUGGAGUUGAGGCUGCUGGACUAGUCUCUAAGAGAGUGUUGGUCAUUGUAGCAGAGAGGGCUAGGUUUCAUGUAAUUAUGCCAUUGGAGGCUAUUAAACAGAUUUGUUAGAUUUCAGAUAUUCCUGUUUUUAUUGGAACUAUCUUAUUCUUGUAUAUUUACCCUUCCCUGAAGGUUAGGAGUAUCUAGGGAAAAACUUUCAUGGAAUAAAUUUGGAAAGUAUUCUACCUCUUUUUCAAGUCCCUAAGUAUUGAGCUAGUACAGUUUGCCACUAUGAUGGUGUUUUAUUCUUUUAAGAAAAAGGGCAUGGUUUUCCCCUUAUUUCCUUACUCCCUUUCAUGUUCUUUACUGCUACCCAAAGUUUGAGCUCUGAGAGAUUAGGUGAGGAUUACCUUUCACUGCUAUUUGGAAUAGUUUCUAUGCCCUGAAACUUAUAUCGUUUUUAAAAUAAUGACUGUUAAAAAAACAAA